UUUCUCUGUUUUUGUGUGUUUUUAUAAAAGGAGACACUUUAACUUAGUCAGAUUUUUCAAUUUCGAAUCUUUGGAAACUGUUGAGUCACUCCAGUAAUGGCGGAUUUUCAGACAUCAACUCAACGGGCCAAGUGGGUGUUCACUCCCCAGAAACUGGCAGAGAGAUAUAAAGCUGCUAACCACAGGGCAGUGCAAUUUCUGGAGAAGUGUGGAACAACCCAAGUUGAAGUAGAUGCCAGUGGAUCAUUAACUUAUCCUACUGACAAAGGUGACGCACGAGAUCACUCUGAUAAGAAGCUUAAACCAUUGAGUGUUGAUGAAGAACGUUUCAUGAGAGCUUUUUAUGAGGCCAAAGUCCAAGAAGUCUGCAGUGCUUUUGAGUUUCCUCACAAGAUCCAGGCAACAGCCCUCCAAUACUUUAAAAGGUUUUAUCUGCAAUGGUCUGUUAUGCAACAUCACCCAAAAGAAAUAAUGCUAACAUGCGUGUAUGCAGCAUGUAAAAUAGAGGAGAAUCAUGUAUCUGCUGAGGAGAUAGGGAAGGGGAUUAAACAAGAUCACCACGUCAUCCUCAAGUAUGAGAUGGCUGUUCUUCAGAGUCUGGAGUUUGAUCUGAUUGUUUUUGCACCGUAUCGUGCAAUGGAAGGCUUUGUCGCUAACAUGGAGGAGUUUCUUCAAGCUAGAGACGAUGAGAUCCAAAAACUGCAGAGUUUGCUCAAAGCGGCAACAGCAGAAGCUGACAAAGUUAUGCUCACAGAUGCUCCACUCCUAUUUCCUCCUGGUCAGUUGGCGUUGGCUGCUUUGCGUAUUGCAAAUGGGAUUCUUGGAGUGGUUGACUUUGAUAGGUACCUAGAGAACAUUGUUUCUCAACCGAACUCUGAGCACACGGCUUCAGACCUCUCAAAGUUACUUGAUGGCAUCGAAUCUUUGGUAAAGAACUAUAAAUACCCAAGUGAAAAGGACAUGAAGCAUAUCAACCGGAAGCUAAAGUCUUGUCUGGGACACAGUUCUUCACAUGACGAGAGCAAGAAACGAGAGAAGAGAUCGAAGCACAAGUCACAUAGAAGCUCCAAUGAUGCACCAAACGGGCCACCGACAAGUUGAUUUUCUUGAGACUUUGUUCCCCUCAUGUUCUUUCCUGCAACAGUAUUGGUAUUACUAACGUUAAUGGAAUUUGGAUUGUGAAUUAAAAGUUUAUUCUAUUUCAGCCAAAACAUAACAAACUGAAAGUUUAAAAGUCUAUACCUCUUUUUAGACUGUUUUGUUGUGGUUGUAGAGCUGGCCAGAGUUGAAUUGUGUGUUACUUUAUGUAACUGUUAGAAUAUAGAGGUUUACAUUUGCUGUGAUUUGCAGACUUUAGUA